GGGGUGAAGUCUGAUGGCCAGCCUCACAGCUAAUUAGUUCAGCUCUUGACAAAGGUGGGCCAGCCACAGGAGGAGAGCCGUAGUGAGAGCUUAACAGGGCUCCACACACUGCACUGGAGCCUGCAGGAGAGAGGAGAAGAUUUCCUUCACACUUUCCUAAUCAGAGCUGGGGUUUGUAGAGAAACGCUCUUCCUUACUCCAGAGCAUAGGAGAAGGCUCACAGGCAUAGCAUAAAGUUUCUGCUGGACAUUUGGAACAUGAGAGAUGACUUCCACACCAGAUUCAGAUGAUGACAGAGCCUUUAAAGAUUCUGCGGUGAAUAUCUGUGAUAUACAAGGUGCUUAUUGAAUAUGAUGACACUAAUGUAUUACAAGACAUGAAAACCUUUUGAGGGAUUUGCACAAAAAAACUCACACAAUGAAGACAGAAAGAUGAAUGUUGUUGGAAUGCUGCAUCAGUUUUGGGAGCAAAAACAGGUGAACAGCAGCACAAUGGAGACAGAGAACCUAGUAGUUUAUGAAUCCAUUCCCUCACCAGGACCUCCAUUUAUCUGCUAUGUCACCCUACCAGGAGGGAGCUGCUUUGGCAACUACAAGUAUUGUUACACUAAGGCAGAAGCCAGGCGUGAUGCGGCUCGUAUUGCUCUGAUGAACUCAACAUUCAACGAUUUGCCCUGUCGACGUAUCACUCCAGAGUUCAUCACCCGCAGCAUAGAGGAGGCUGUUGCCACAACCACCGGUAACAUGGAGGAUGCCACAGACCCGAGCACCAGUUUAGGAGCUUAUUAUCUCAUGCUGAAAUCCAACACGGGAAAAACCAUGCUGGAAUUUCAGGAAUUAAUGACAGUGUUUCAGCUGUUACACUGGAAUGGGACACUGAAGGCUUUUAGGGAGAGGAGAUGCAGUCGUCAGGAGGUGAUCAGCUACUACUCUGAGAAACGGCUAGAUGAGUGUCUGCGCAGUCACAUGGCUCUGGACUGGCUGCAGAGGGAGAGGAAGAGGCCAGGUCUGCUCUCGCGUGAGCUGCAGCUGGCCCUCAGAGAGUUGGCCCAGGCUCGGCAAGCCGGCCGAGAGCUCCGCUUCUACAAGGAGAAGAAGGAGAUCCUUAGCUUAGCUCUCAGUCAGGCCUCUACAGAGGAACUCCAGGCCUACUGUGGAGAGGGAAAAGAAGAGUGUUGGAGAAAAGGAGAAACUGCGUUGGCGUAUCUCACGUGUGGGAGCCAGUGUCUGGAAAGUAGUGUGGCAGAUCCGUUAGAACAAUGCGAGUUUUAUUACUUGGAGAGUGGGAGUGACAGAGAGUCAUUGGGCUGAAGUGUGUGUGUGUGUGUGUGUGUGUGUAUUUGUUCAUAUUUUAGUAAGGACAAAUGUGUCCACAAGCAAUGGAAUAUCUAUCAACUUUGACCCUGUGGGAACAUUUGUUUUAUUUUUUUAAACAACUAAAACAUAUAACUAGCUAAAUAUCAAAAUAUUUCCUUUUGGUUAUUGGGAUUAGGGUUAGAUUUAGGAGCAAGAAAAUCAUUAAUUAGCUUCACUAAUUAUGGAAAGCCUUCACAAGGACUGUGAACUAAAAUGUGUGUGUGUGUGUGUGUGAGCGUGUGUGUGCGUGUGUGUGGUAGGUUUUGAGUAAAAAGAUGGACUUUAGAUGCAAAUUCAAGAAAAGAUCCUGUAUGUUGUAUAUUUUCUACGCUUUUCUAGAGUUCUUUUUUUAGUGUACUGUAAUAUGUUUGCAGCUAAAUGAGCCUCUGUGUAAAUCAAAUUUAUUUAGUACUAAAUGCGUUAGUAGUACAUUUAGGGUCUGAAUGUCUGGAGAGCAGCGCCAGCUCUCUUAUUGUUUGGACUGAAAAUGUUAUAACUUGGUUUUCGUUGAGCAAAAAUCAUUUUGUAUUGUCUUGGGAUUUAGAAGGGAAUGUAAAUAAAUGCGGAUACUUUUUGCUUUG